CCAGGGUCUGGGGACAUGGGGACCAUCGGGAUCCUCCUCCUCUCCCCCUGGCUGGGGCCACAUUUUCCCCUGGCCAUCUCCUGCCCUCCGCGCUCUGCAGAAACCCUUUUCUCCCCGGGCUCUCACCGCCCUGGCCGGCCCGGCCCGCAGAGCGGAGCGGAGCGGAGCGGAGCGGUACCGGGGUGGCGGUGGCUUUUGGGUCCCUGGCCCGCCUCCGGAGCGAGGAGAACCCACCGGGCCCAGGCCAAGGUCCCGGGAACCAGUCCCGCUCCCAGCGGGGCGCCUCCGGGGGCGGUGGGGGAAGCCCUUGCCGGGGGCGGGACGGUCGCUCAGCCCCUCCCCGCCCCGCCCCGCCGCCCGCAGCUUUCUACCCGCCGCGAGGCCGCCGUGCCGGAGAGCGGACAUCGCUGCGGGACCGAGCGGAGCGCGGUAGGGGCUGGACGUGUGUGCCCGCGGGACAUGGACGGGCGGGCGGUGCUGAUCCAGGCGCUGCUGGCGGCAGUGUGCUCGGCAGCGGCGGGCGGGCUGCGCCGGGACGAGCUGCACAACGAGGUGCUGCACAAGGGCGGCGGCGGCGGGGUGCCGGUCCCGGCCACGGCCCCGCUGCUCGGCGGCAGCCCGGAGAAGGAGGGCGGCGGAGCGGCCUCGGGGGACGACUUCAGCGAGCUGCCGAGAGUUGCCUUCCUGUCAAAGCCUCAAGGCCUCGUUACUCCCAAGAAAAAAGGGAACGGCAAUAAAAGAAGAAAAGGCAAGGGCCUGGGGAAGAAGAGAGACCCGUGCCUGCGGAAGUACAAGGAUUUCUGUAUUCACGGCGAGUGCAAGUACAUCCGAGAGCUGGGAGCUCCCUCUUGCAUAUGCCAGCCAGGCUAUCAUGGAGAGCGCUGCCACGGCCUCUUGCUGCCAGUGGAGCACCCACCCAGUGCGUACGACCACACCACAGCCCUGGCUGUCGUUGCGGUUGUCCUGUCUUCCCUGUGUCUCGUCAUCAUCGCAGCCCUGCUGAUGCUCAGGUGUCACAAGAGGGGUGGUUACGAUGUAGAAAACGAAGAGAAAAUCAAGCUGGGCAUCACUGUGAAUCACUGAGGAUGCCAGGUGCUGGCGAGGGGCCGGCGCUAACGCACUUCUACCUCCUGGAAGAGGCGAGACCGCGGCGCCAGCGGCACGGGGCUGCGGCACGCUGGGGGCUCGCUGGAGCACCAGGACGGCACCGGCGGGGCUGCUCGGGCAGCGGCGGCGCUGCGGCAGCUCCGUGGCCGCCUCCGGGACGGGGCGGGCUCGGGAGCGGUGCUGGCCGGGGCACGGGGGCUCUCCCGCGGCUCUCCGUCCGCUGCAGUACGUGCCGAGGAACAAGCUGUGAAAGGGAGGAGACCGAGCUCGGGGCUUCCUUCGCCGCAGAAAGGGGGGGAGGGUAACAGCUAUUUAACAAGAUAUUUUUCAUUUUAAAUUAUAUAUUUAUUUUAGAUAAACUGUACAUAGUAUUUAUAUUUAUUGUAGGUCUGGCCCUGCAUCCUUCAUGUACGUCAAGAUGACAGGGUCAGACCUCCCUUAUUUUUUAAGUGCAAUGUAAUAUUCUAAUAAAUAACACUUUGUAACAAA